AUAAAUUUGACAGUUUAAGUUUAUAGGUUAAGUUUCACAUGUUUUUUUUUUAAACAAUAAUAAUAAUAUAUUAAUUUGAACAGUUUUUUAUUCAAAAUCAUGGAAACUUUAUUGAAAUUGAGGCCCAUACAAGAAAUUCGGAAAAAUCUCACUCCUUCUGACGGCACGCUCACUACAGAAGAACAAAUAAGAGUGGAACGAAGUAUUCUUAAAAAAUUCGAAGAUAUACAAGCUAUUGUGGCAAAUAAACCGGAUUUACCCGAACUUCAGAAAGAACAACAUAAACAGUAUUUAAUGGAUUCUUUGGUGUAUUUGUCUUCACGUUUUGAGUGUCUAGAUGCAAGCCGGGCAUGGUUAUGUUAUUGGAUUUUACACCCCUUGAGCUUAAUGGGCGUAAGACUAGAAAAUACCUAUAAAUCUCAAAUAGCCCAAUUUCUUGCAAAGUGCCAAAGCCCCGAAGGCGGUUUUGGUGGCGGUCCUGGCCAAUAUCCACAUUUAGCUUCCACCUAUGCAGCAGUGAAUGCGCUAAUGAUUUUAGGCACCGAUGAAGCUUUCAAAAUUAUUGAUAGAAGAAAAUUAUACGAGUUUUUCAUGACUCUUAAACAACCCAACGGAUCGUUUGCGAUGCAAGUGGGAGGCGAAAUUGAUAUACGAGGGGCAUAUUGUGCUCUUGCAGUUGCUAGUCUUACCAAUAUUAUGACUAACGAGUUAGUCAGAAAUACUGCCGAAUGGAUAAUUAGUUGUCAAACAUAUGAAGGGGGUUUCGCAGGUUGUCCUGGCAUGGAAGCACAUGGUGGCUAUGCCUUUUGCGGUUUGGCAGCCUUAGUUAUUUUAAAUAAAGGGCAUUUAUGUGAUAAUAAGGCAUUGUUGAGAUGGUUGACUCAAAAGCAAAUGAAACUAGAAGGUGGCUUUCAAGGUAGAACCAAUAAAUUAGUGGACAGUUGUUAUUCGUUUUGGCAAGGUGGAGCCUUUCCUCUUUUAUAUUCUUUAUUGGCCAAUGACGGUUUGAAACCCCAGGGCCAUUUGUUUGAUGAACGAGCCUUGCAAGAGUACAUUUUAAUAUGUUGCCAAAAUCCACAUGGAGGUUUAAUAGAUAAACCUGGCAAACCUAGUGAUACUUAUCAUUCAUGCUAUGCCAUUAGCGGGUUAUCUGUGGCUCAACAUGUUUUGAACCAAAAACGUGUUUUAGGAACCUAUAGAAAUGAAUUGGCUAGUACUCAUCCUUUAUACAAUAUUAGACCAGAUAUGGUUAGAAAAGCUUUAUUAUAUUUUCACAGUAAUAGCGUAAAAUCUAUGUGACACAUAAUAGGCAAGUUUAAGGUGAAAUUGUUUUUUUGCAUGAAGUUUGCGGCUAUUUACUUUUUUGAUCAUAGGUUUUUAACAUUAAAAUUGCAUCUAUUGUAAGUUUUAAAUAUUCUUCAAGAUAAGUAAAAAAGUUACCUAAUAAUUUUCUCCUGAUUAUAAAUUUUAUUGAAAAUGAA